AUGGCUAGUUUUUCUAUAUCAGGUAGUACUGGUAAACAACAAUUUAUUUCUCUUCGUGGUCUUUCUCAUGAAGUUUGUGUAGCAGCUACACAACCAGAAUAUUGGCAACAGUUAACAAAAUAUUCAAGUAUUUCAAUCACAUACAAUGGCAAUUAUGUACCAGUAGAACUAGAAUCAUUUUGUAAUGAUGAAGAUGAACCAAGACUUCAUCUAAUAAUUAAAUCACAAUAUGAACAAGAUAAUAAACAAUUUGAUAUUAUUUGUACUCGAAUUCAUUAUGAUUUAAUAUCAUUUGAAAAUAAUGAUCGACCUAUUUAUGAUUCUGAUAAAAAUCAAGUGAUAGUUUUUGGUUCUUUAUUUAAUUCGCUUCCUAAUGAUAUAUUUGAUACUGAACGAUAUUUAUUAGGUCAACGAAACUGUAAUAUAAAAAAAAUAAGAAAUUCAUUAGCUUGUUCAAUAUCUGUUGAUCAAUCAAUGCCACAUAGAUAUCGUUUUACAAUUUAUCAUGAAAAACAAACUAUUAUGGAUCUUGCAGCUGUUCAAAUUCAAUCACUUGUAAGACAAGCACAAAAUCAUUAUAUAAUGAUAUAUGCUACGAAAAUUGGAAGAACUUUAAUAGGUCCUACGGAACAUAUGGAAACUUCUAUUUUAUCAUCAAAUCCAGAAACAUUUCCAUCAUUUACAUCAUUUCAACCUUUUGUUAAACGAAAACGUCUUGAAGAUGAAGAACAAGCAACAACGAUUGAUAGAAAUCAACCAAUCAUUGAUUCUGAUCAAAGUGAUGAUGAAACAAUACCCGAUGAAAGACGGUAUAAUAGUGAAGCAUUUAUUUCAAGUUCUACUUUAAAUAAUUCUCCAACAUUGGAUGAUCCUGAUAAGAUUUCAUCUCAUUUAUCAUCCCUUUUAGAUAAUAUUUUUCAUGUUAAGCUCUAA